AUGUUGGACAAGACUGAUAAGCUCCUGAGAUUGACUAAAAAACUUACUGAGGAUGUGAAAGUUAUAAAAACCGAACAUGAGUCGAGAAUUGCUCAUCUAGAGAAGAACGUGGAAGAGCUAAAGGGAAAUCUAAGGGGAUUGGUGGAAAUAAGAAAAGAAGCCAUGAAUAGUAGUGAAGACGGUCUUAAAAAGGUUAAUGAGAAAUAUGUUGUUAUGGAAGCUCAACCAAUUAGUAUUAUUCCGCCUUCAGCUACCAGGUCGAAUAAGAAGAAUCUGGAGACAAGUUCUCAAGGGGUGGGCACACAAGUUGUUAUUGAUACCAUUGAUCUAUCUAGGAAUAUUAUUGAGCCAGAUAAGAAGCCACCGAUUAUUAUUGUUUCACAGGCUACUCAGGAGAUACCUACAGAAAAAGUUGAAGAGAAGUCCUUUGAACAGGAAAAGGAGAAAGAUCAAGAGAAAACUGUUGAACCAGAAAAGGCAUUAGUCAAGCAGCAGAAUGAUGAUGAUGAUGACUCAUUAGGUAUCAAAGGGCCUUUAGAUAUUGGAAAUAUGAGUGCAUCAUAUUUAUUGGAGAUCACAACUAUGAUGUAA